AUGACGCCCAAAGCUGAGCUUAGAGCUCCGUUCCCGAGCUUCACACUCGACGUCAAGCCGGCUGGGUGGGCCCUGGUCAAUCCGCCCAGGCGUCGUCACAAGUGCAAGUGGGGGCCAAAGAUGCUGCAAGGCGCCCGACACGGCUCAAUCUCGGGACUGAGCUACCUGGCCGUCUCUGGUCCGUACAUACACACGUCUGCUCUACCUCUGCAGGGAUGA